CGCGCCGCUACCGCGCCCGGCUGACAAGCCGGGCCCACGCUCGCCUCACCCGCCUCGCGCCCGGCCGAUAGCGCCCGGCCCGUCAGCAGCGGGGCGCGGCGCGUCACGUGCUCCACCUCCUCCUCGCGGUAACCAGAGUACCUAACCCCGGUUCGCCUAACCCCACCGCCUUACCAUCCGGGGGUUGGUGGUUGCCUUGUUGGUUAGCCCUUCCCUCCGUCGGAUCGCGCAUCCGACGGCCGAGCCGCCCCCCGCCAUGGAUUUCCGACCUCGGAGCCGGCUAUUUAACCGCACCGGGGUCUCCCCUCCUCAGAUCACGCAGCAGCAGCCGAGCCAGCCACCGGAUUUCUUUCUCCUUCCCCCACCCGAGCAAGAGCAAAUCCCUAGACUACUAAACCCUCGCCAUGGCCAACCCCCGCGUGUUCUUCGACAUGGCCAUCGGCGGCGCCCCCGCGGGGCGCAUCGUGAUGGAGCUGUACGCGAACGAGGUGCCGCGCACGGCGGAGAACUUCCGCGCGCUGUGCACGGGCGAGAAGGGCGUGGGCAAGAAGGGGAAGCCGCUCCACUACAAGGGCUCGGUCUUCCACCGCGUCAUCCCCGACUUCAUGUGCCAGGGCGGCGACUUCACCGACGGCAACGGCACCGGCGGCGAGUCCAUCUACGGCGCCAAGUUCGCCGACGAGAAGUUCGUGCGCAAGCACACGGGCCCCGGGGUGCUCUCCAUGGCCAACGCCGGGCCCAACACCAACGGCUCCCAGUUCUUCAUCUGCACCGUGCCCUGCCCUUGGCUCGACGGCAAGCACGUCGUCUUCGGCCAGGUCGUCGAGGGGCUCGACGUCGUCAAGGCCAUCGAGAAGGUGGGCUCCCGCAGCGGCUCCACCGCCAAGGUGGUCAAGGUCGCCGACUGCGGCCAGCUCGCCUAGAUCCGCGCCGAUCUGCUGGUCCCGGCCGCCCUCCAUCCGCCGUCGUCGCCUCCUUCCGUUCGCUCCGCUCCCCCCCUCCGCACUGAAUAAGAUGACGGUGAUCUGAGAGGUGCUUCUUCCGAAUUGAGUCGAGUCGUGUUCGUUUGUCGUGUGCUGUGCUGGUGGUGUCUAGGGUUUUAGGUGGUGGAUCUGCGAAUCCGAUGGGCCAUGGUUGGAUGGUGUCUCUGCCUGCUUGUUGUGGUACGAUGAAUUGAUGAUGAUGAUGCUAUGAUGAGAAGUGAGAACUGAAACCUGAAACCUGGCUCUGGUACUAGUCCA